UCCGCUCGAGCGCUAGGUAUUUCGCGAAAAUACCAGCCGUCCGCCCCGAGGCAUGCCCUCCGGCGGCCCUCCUCCCUCGCUGACGGCUUCUUCGCCGGCUUGCAGCCCUUCGACGGCGCUCCCUUCCGCGUCCCAGUUUAAUAUAUGACGACAGUAGGGAGCAUCAAGUCCACCUCUCUCAACGGGGUCAAGAUAUACUCGGUCUCCGGUCAGCGUUCUUUGCCCUCAUGGCUCCCGCCUAAGAAGCUCAAAGCCCUCCGCAAAGACAGAGAGUACCUCCGAAGGGUGGAUUUGAUCCAGGACUUGAAAUUUGAAACUGCAGCAACCAAAAUUAAGGUGACUCCUGAUGGAGAAUAUUUAAUCGCCUCAGGUAUUUAUCCUCCACAAGUGAAGGUAUUUGAGUUACGAGAAAUGUCAUUGAAGUUUGAAAGGCACUUGGUUUCCGAAGUAAUUAAUUUCGAGGUGCUUGGUGAUGAUUACUCCAAGCUUGCAUUUCUCUGUGCUGAUCGCUCUAUCUGUCUGCAUGCUAAGUAUGGGAGUCACUAUAGCUUACGAAUCCCAAGGAUGGGAAGGGAUAUGAAGUAUGACAACUGGUCCUGUGACUUACUUUGUGCCGCAUCCUCACCCGAGUUAUACAGAAUUAACUUGGAAAAGGGCUGUUUUUUGUCAUCGAUCAGUUCUCGAUCACCGGCUAUCAAUGUAGUCUGCCGUAGGCCCAAGCUAUUGCAGAUCCAUUUGCUUAUGAAGCUUAUAUAGAGAAAAAGAAACAGGAAAAGAUAGAGGCUGACCGCGCUUCUCGUAUUACGAUUAAAAGGAAGUUGCCCAAAGUAAACCGUUUACUUGCUGCCAAACUUCUUGAAAAUCAGGAAGCAGAAGGUGAGGUUACAGUGGCAGAUGGCCCUAAUACAAAAAAAAAAUCUUCAAAGAAAAAUAGAGGCUUGACAACUGAGAUUUUGAAGGAUGAGCGUUUUACUGCAAUGUUUGAGAAUAAGGACUUUGAAGUUGAUGAACAGUCACGUGAAUAUCUUUCACUUCAUCCUCAAUCAGCAAAGAAGAGUUCCUCUGUGAUCGAAGAAUAUUUUGAUCCCGUAAUGGAGGAUGAGGAGGUGGGCCAUGGUAGUUCGGAUGCUUCAGUAACCUCUCAGUCUUUAGAAGAAGGGUCUGAUGAGGACAGCAAGCAUAAGAAUUCAAAGCGCGUGAGGUUAUAUGAAGUGAAGGAUGAGCGCCACGCCGAAGCAUUUUGGAACUCGGUGUCCCUCGCAAAGGAUGAUGCCCUCCCUCUCGGCGAGAGGGCCGCAGCACUGGAGAACAGGUUUGCCGCUCCUAGUGACGUAAAGGUCAGCUUCGGCGGCUCGCGAGAGAUUUCAUUUUUAUCCAAAAGUUCAAAAAAUCAGAAGAAGAAUGAGAAGCCUCUCCAAGAGAAGAGAAGGGGCAUUAAACCGCUUGGGUUGAAGCCAAGCAAAGCAGAAUUCUAUGGCAGGAAAAGGCAGAAUGGCCGCAGUAGAAGACACUGACAGUGGCAUUGUGAAGAUUGUUUCAUUGCAUUUAGAAUGGCAACUUGAGGUGUUUUUUGUUGAUGUUUAGUCUAUUAUUAUUAAGGGCUGUGGUAAUUAUUCAAUUAUUUUGUGAGCUUUUUGUUGUUGUUGAUCUGUAAUGCUGAUGAAUAUUUAGUUUAUUUUUG